CAUUUUGACAUGUUAUUACAUAAUGCGUUGUUACUAGCCUUCCCAGCUGUUUGCGCUCUUUAACCCAUGUCUGCAUCUCUGGAAACAGCACAUUGACACACUGCUCGAGGACCAUCGCCUCCAUCAUGUCCUUGGGAAUGAAUGGCACAGAUGUUGUUGGACAAGGCAGUACCCCUUGGUCCCCUUUCCCUCACUGCUCACUCAGCAUGAGGUCUGAAACUUGUUUUCUGAUCAUUGUGUCCCCCCAACCCCCCAACUUGUCCCUCCGCGGGAGACAAAAAGGGACCCAAAGAGGAGGGAGAUGGAGAUGGGGACACCAAGAGCAGCCCAAUUAAAGAGGGAGGGAAGAGGAGCGCACAGCCAUGUUGGAGGAAUAUGAAGAAAACAGACGGGGGACAGCUACCCUGGUGAAUGUUUGGGGGGCGCCACAGUUGUUGAGGGUCUGAGUAUGGAUGGUCCAGGGGAGCUGCAGUAGGGAUUUGGGGUCCGGACUGAAGAUGCGGGUCGGUGCGUGGCUUCUCUGGGUGUCCUGGUUCUACAUCUGGGCAGAGAACUCACAGAGGUGCAGGUGCCAAGACGCGUGUCCAACAGAGACCGGAUCGAACGGGAGGUCAAAGACCCGGGUCAGGGAGCACGAUGGUGUCGGACGCCGGCACACGCCUCACAGGAACAGGCCACAGCACAAAAAAGGUUCCAGAGUCCAUGCGCAGGAGACGCCGCCCCGCAUUGUCCACCAGCCCGCUGACGUGGUGGUGAAAGUCGGACACCCCGCCACGCUCUCCUGCCGGGCGGAGGGCAGCCCCGAGCCAAGCAUCGAGUGGCUGCGGAACGGCCAGGCGGUGACAGCAGACGAACGGUUGCAGCCCUUGGUCUUGUCGGAGGGGAGCCUCUUCUUCCUGAGCGUGGGAGAGGGCAGGCGAGGCCAGUCGCACGAGGGCGUCUACACCUGCGUGGCCCGGAGCAGUGCAGGAGAGGCCAGCAGCCGCAAUGCAUCGCUGUACAUCGCAGUGUUGCGGGAGGAGUUCCGUGUGCAGCCCGGUGAUGUGGAGGUGGCAGAGGGGGAGGUGGCUGUCUUAAGCUGCGUCCCCCCAGUGGGACGCCCUGAACCUAAUGUGGUCUGGAAGAGGGACGGCUUGCCCAUCAGCUACGUCGAUCAUCACUACACCGUGCUGAGUGGGAAGCUUAUCAUCGCUCCUGCUGAGAGGAAACACUCGGGAGCGUAUGUGUGUGAGGCCAGCAACACUGCGGGGGUGAGGCAGAGCAGGGCGGCUCGGCUGUCUGUGCUGGCCAAGCCUGUGUUGGUGCUGAAGCCGGAAAACGUGUCUGUGAGAGUGGGGGAGUCUGCCCAGUUCUACUGCCAAGCUAAAGGUGACCCCCCCCCUGCUGUGGUCUGGAGCAGUGAGCAGGGGCCGCUGCCCAACGGCAGGUAUCUCGUAAACCCAGACCAGACUCUCCAGAUCCACUAUGUGACAGCCCAGGAUGCUGGGAAGUACACCUGCUCUGCUGUCAACGAUGUAGGCGUGGUCACCGCCAGCGCACAGCUGCUAGUUGAGGAGGCUAUCAGCACCACACAGAGAGACCUCCACAAAGAGCUGUCAGCGCUGCGAGUUGCUCUGGAAAAUGUCACAAUCAUGGCCCCCGGGUCGAAUAUCUCACAAGUACAAUGGAAGCUCCAGUCGCUGCCCGCCCAGCCUCAUUACCUGGAUGGCUUCGAGGUUCUCUAUCGCGCUCUGCUCCCUGCCAGCUCAGACUGGGCCGCAAAGAAGGUGACUCUGCCCAACUUCCAGGUCCCAGUGGGCCCCUUAAAGAGAGGCUACAAGUACGAGUUCAAAGUCCGUCCCUACGGCAGCAACUUGUAUGGGAGGGAGAGCAACACUCGACACCUCAGAGUCCCUGAGACAGUGCCCAGUGCCUCUCCACUGGCUGUGUCCAUAACAGUGAGCCGGGAGCAGAAUAACACCGUCCAUUUGAGCUGGGAGCCUCCUCCUCAUGAGACCCACAACGGUAUCAUACAGGGUUACCAGGUGUGGUGUGUGGAGUCUGAGGAGCAGCAGUACCAAAACUGGACAGUGGAUGGUGGCCAACACAACCUUGAUAUAUCUGCUCUGAGUCCCGGGCAACGGUACUGGAUCACCAUAGCAGCUGUCAACGGCGCUGGAGUAGGAGUGCUGAGUGACCCUCAUGGAUUUGUCAUUGACCUACAAAAAGGCGGUCCCCCCGGGUCAGACAGCCAGAUGCGGGAUCUGUCCUGGGUCCUAGCCCUGCUGCAGGACCCGGUGUUGAUCGGCAGCGUCGGUGCCAUCCUGUGGUGCCUUCUGAUGGUCGCAGCCGUGUACCUCUUCAGGCGCCACGGCAGGACAGGCCAGCUGAUACCAGGACACGGCAGGGCUAAAGGUUUGCAAAGACCAGCCAGUGAAGAUCUUAUCAUAAAACACAGGAUGGCAGGUCCAGACUCUCCGUGGGCCUCUGGAGCCUGGAGACCCUCCUUCAACCACAAGUACCAGGACUUAUGGGCCCAAGGCCAGAAACACCCAGGGAUCAGGGGCGCCAGCCUCCCUGUGUCCUGGAAGGAUCCCAGCUGUGUGGACGCCGCUGUCCCCAUUGUGACCGACAGCUGCGGCGUUUACGGGACAUUUUACGUGGACCUGAUGGGCAGCGGCCUCAAGACCUUCAACAGUCCCGGGCGGCGCCCGAAAAUGCCUCAUGGUCUGGCCCACCAGCAAGGAGCUGAGACCAUCCAGAUAUUCCCUCAGCCCGUCGCAAAGACCUCGCCCCUCGGUGGCCGGGCGGCGUUACCAUGGAAACAGGCCAUACGUCCCCAGCCCAAGAUGGGCGUGCUGAGGGAGUCAUGGGAAAAAAACUACAGCAAGCAAGAGUUGCACGCAGUGAACAGCGUCCCCAUAUUGCCGACCUGGAAGCAGGCUUUACCCUCCAGCGUCUACAAACAGAGACUCAGUCACAUACCGUCGGGCCGGCACGGUGGAUACCCAGAGUGUGACAAAGUCGCUGGCUGCCCUCGCCUGCUGCAUUACUCUGCAUCUUUACACCUAGUGGACAUGCUCCCCCCCCCUCCACCAGUGCCCAUAGACGACACCAUGGAGUCACACAGCCUCACCUCAGAUGAAGGCUCCAGUCGUUCUACAAAGCUAACAGUGGACAUGGGCUCCCUCCAGUCAGUGUGUGCUGCGUCAAAUCACCACGGGAAACCGGGACCCAAAACCACCACCAGCACCAGCACCAGCACCAGCACCAGCACCAGCUUUCCCUCCUACAGCCACCCGCCUGCUACAUCCUAUCCCAUGUCAGUGGUCGAGGAGCAGGGCACGCUGACAGCGCAGGAAGCCAACCAGUACCUGGAGCUGUGCCCCAGACCGGAGAGAUGCAGCAGUGCCCUGCCUCAGCAGCAUCCCUCCCUGCCCCCCCCUUUCCUCCCGCCAGUGGGCUACAUCCGUCGGCCGGGCUGCUCCACUCAGCUGGGGGACGACCCCGCCCUCGAGGAGCCUGAGGCCCCACCGAUUGGCCCGCCGCGUGCCCGCCUGCAGAGCACGCCCUCCUCCUGCUACAGCGAGUGGGACAGCUCCCUGUGGAACACCUGGAGCUCGGUGACGGACAGCAACGUGGCCAGCGCGCGCUCCAGCCUCAUCAGCUCGGUGGACAGCUGCUACACCAGCGACAGCGCGCACUUUGCCCGCCUGCUGGCCGAGAGCAUGAGCGGAGCCUCUCUGUCAGACUUCUCGCCCCCCGCGUCGCCCCUCAGCGGCGUGUGCCCGGGAGGCGACUCGCUCCGCGGGCUGGACCCCGUUCCGGCGUGGGACUGGAGCGCGGCCUGGGCGGAGGAAAUGGAGGCGCAGUACAGGGCGCGCUAUCCCGGAAGAAACAGCAAACCCUUUGAGAGUUAGGGACAGAACUCCACAGCAGCGUCACAACUGCACAGACAAGAUGAAGGGACUGACACGAUGCUGCAACCUGAAUUUUUAUCAUAAUUUUCAGGGCUCAAUAAUAGACACAAAUCUGGAUUUUUCAAUAUAAUUGGAGCCAACUCCUUGAUGUUGGAGACACCUCUGCUAGACGAUGCUGUUGUUUGUUUGUCACUAGUUACCCGGUGUACCUCAGGGCAGUCCGGCUACUAUUUAGCGUCCUUAAAAAUGACUUCCGCUGAGUUUCUGAAGUUUUCUCUUCCUCUCUUUUAUCCUUUUACCACUCAUUAGAGGAUAGGUCCAUGAGAUACUUCCCUCGGGAUGUUCUCACCCGGUGUGUUUCAAAAAAAAAGCAAGAAAGGCACAAUGACAGGAUGCGAGACAGUGAGAAAACUCAUUAGGCAGAAGAAAAACACUGGAGUUGUUUUCUUAUUUCCAUGUUCGGGGGAUUUUGUACAGACUGUUUUAAUGAUCGAGUGUAUAUAUAUUCAGCAUAUUCAAGAGAUGUUAUUUAAAAAAGAAAUGUGAAACACAUUCCAAAUCGUCUUCCUCCAGUUGUUUUGCUGAUUUCUUACAUUCUGAGGUUUCUUUGCUAUGUUAAGAUGUGUUAUCUCUUUUUUACUCUAUACCCUCUGUUCAUUUUUUUUUUUAUUAUUGUUACACAAAGUUUGCAUCAGACAAAACAUUCUGUAAGUAGAAAGUUAUUUUGUUAACAAUUAAUUGAACUAACUCGAGGUUCUACCUUUAAAUAUCUUGAAUUUUAAGAAGCUUUCAACAAGUAUUGUGAGAGUUUAAGUGCCUAGUCGUACUAAUGGUAGUAGGAUCAAGGUUUUGCAUUUUAUAAGAGUGUGCAUUGUAUUUUGUUCACAUUGCAGAUGUGUUUUAUAGUUUUGAAUAAAAAUCGUUUAAUCUAUAGGACUUUACAUGUGGAAUGUGUCCCAGCUGAGCGGUGCAAUAAAAGCUCAUGUUGCAUUUUGUACGCAACAAUAUUUGA